GAGUAAAUUUGGCUAAAGAGUAUGGAAUAAGUGAACAAUCAGUAUUUGAUAUUCUCAAACACUCUGAGUACUGGUUAGCUAAACGUCAAAGAAAGCCUGAUAAUUCUGAACUUGAAGAGGUGAUGUCUAUUUGGGUUGAGCAAGCAAUUAAAAAUGAACUUACUCUUACUGGUCAUCUUCUUCAAGCCAAGGCUAAGGAAUUCGCUAAUAAAUUUGAAAUUACCGGAUUUAAUGCAUCUGAUGGAGAAGCUGGUAGUAUGCUUUUGGAAGAUGUUUUAAAAUUUCGUCUAGAAUUUCAAGAUGUUCUUCGAAAUUAUGAGCCUAGAGAUAUAUUUAACUGUGAUGAAACAGCACUUUUUUGGCAACUUGAGCCAAGCAAGACACUCGCAUAUGGACCAGUUUUAGGAAAAAAAAAAACAAAGAAUAGAGUUACAGUUAUGAUUACUUGUAAUUCUACUGGUGAUGAAAAAUUACCACUUCUCUUUAUUCACAAAUACAAAACUCCACGUGUUCUUCGUGGUAUUGAAAAAUCUACUCUUCUAGUCUGUCAAAUGAGAUUUGCUCAACGAAACAUUAUUUUACUUCUUGAUAAUGCUUCGUCACACAAUUCAAAAAAUAUUCAAGACUUAUCAAAUAUUUGUAUACACUUUUUACCACCAAAUACAACAUCUUGUUUUCAACCUAUUGAUCAAGAAAUUGCUUAUGAUACGAUUACUGAAGACAAUCUGGUUCCUCCUGAUAUUACAUUAUAUGAUGCAAUUAAUUUUGUAGCUCAAGCAUGGAAAAAUGUUACUUCAAAAACUGAAUUGGAAGCCUCUGCAUCUGAAGAAGCCGAAUUAAAAGCAGAGAUUAUUAAUCUUAUUAAAUAUUUACCAAUUGAUGAUCCCUUAGAUGUACAAGAAUAUAUCGAGAUUGAUAAUUAUAUGAACAUCGAAGAAGACUUAACUAUAAAUGAAAUUGUUGAUAUAGUUAAUGGACAAAAUGAGAGUGAAUCAGAAAAAGAACAAGAAGAAAUGGUUAAAAUUGGGGAUACAAUCGUAGGACUUGAUAACUUGAUAAAAUAUGUUUAG